UACACAACUUUCGUGUAUACUAUAUAUUAUGUAAUUUUCAUAUACUUUUUAUUUAACAUCUCCAUGCCUUUGGUUUAAUUUGUAUAAUAAACAAUGCUAAAAUCUACAAACAUGCAAUGCUUUGAGUAAACAUUGGAUUGCUCUAAACUCAUUUUGUGUUGGAGAAUGAAUGAAUGUAGAGCAACAUUUAAUGUUUAUAGGCACUUUUUAUAGGGGUAAAGUUUUUCUUAUACUAUAGUUAUAUAGUUCGUUCACAUGCCAAGAGGUUUUGAGCUUCGCUUUCAGAUUGUAUAUUUAUUUACUUGCUGAAGUAAAUAAAUUGAAAGCUAAAUAUAUUUAUUCUGGCAAUGAAAAACUAAUAUCUUUAUCUUAAAUCAAAAUGCAGAUAUCGAUAAAUAAUACGUUGUGUCCUCAGUAUUCAUGUACCGAAGUCCGAGUUUAGUUUUAAAGAAGGCUCCAAAUUUAAUGCAUCUUAAUCAGAUUGAUUUUAUAAUUAAAAAGCUAAAUCUUUCCAAGAUCCGACUUAUUAAUUAUUUAAUAUUAAGUACUUUACUCAGCAGUGUUCAAUUUAGUAAGACUGAAGGGUAUGCACAUUCACUGCACCUACGCUCGACCACGAAGCUUUGGAUUCCUGAUAAUGUUUUAUAUUUCUGCAGUGGGAAAGCUCGUACCUUCAAAGGUAAGGUAAGGUAAGGCAAAAUCUUUAUCGAUUAGUGAUUGCUGAGCAGUUAUUGUAAGUUCAUUGCAGCAAAGCUACUGGUGGAAUAAAAACAUCGGUCAGUAAACAAAAUCAUGCCAGAUCGCAUUCAUAAAAUCGUCGUUCUGGGGGAUAGCUGCGUUGGAAAAACAACUUUGAUUCAGAGUUAUGCCAAUGAACGAUAUACAAGCAGUUGCCAAGCGACGAUUGGAGUGGAUCUUGUUAUGAAAAAUGUUAAUUUGAAUGGUCGUAUUAUCUCAGUGCAGAUUUGGGACACGGCUGGCAUGGAGCGGUUUCAGUCAAUCGCCGCAAACAUGUAUCGCGACUCGGAUUGCUGCGUGCUCGUCUACGAUGUGACUUCGCCAGACUCAUUUACAAAUUUAGAUAUGUGGCAUACUGAUUUCCUAAAAAGUAUCAGUCCAAUAGACACUACGCGUUUUCCCUUUGUCAUGAUUGGGAAUAAAGCUGAUCUUAAUGAUUAUAAUGUAUCAGCUGAGGAAGUCCGCCAAUGGUGUAAGCUGAACAACAAUAUACCUCAUUUCGAGAUCUCAGCAAAAGAUAGCCGACACGUGGAAGACGCUUUCAGAAUAGCUUCUAAAUUGGCUAUGGACUAUGCACAGGAAAGGGGGCUAAGCGAAGCAGAUUUUCCUACAACUCUAGAAAUGGAUGGACUAAAUCAAAAAAAGAAAUGCUGUUGUAUUUAGAUUAGUAAUAUUUAGAAGUUUAAACUAAUUUUAAAAAUAAAUGUACCUUUUUUCUAAAUGCUGGUAAAAAGUCUGAGCGAAAAGAGAAAUUUUACGCAAUUUUAA